UUUCUCUCUGCCUUGCCGUUCAAGGAGUGUAUACCACGUAGAUAACAGACUAUUGACGGUUGUAAGGUUUUCACUGGCAACUCUUGCAGAUGCCUCCAAAGAAAGGAGAAGCCCCCAAACAGCCUCCACUAAUUGGACGCUUUGGAACCUCUCUGAAAAUAGGAAUUGUGGGAUUACCUAAUGUUGGGAAGUCUACAUUCUUCAAUGUGCUUACGAAAAGCCAAGCUGCUGCAGAAAAUUUCCCAUUCUGCACAAUUGACCCAAAUGAGAGCAGGGUGCCAAUUCCUGAUGAACGCUAUGAUUAUCUUUGUCAGUUCCACAAACCAGCCAGCAAAGUGCCUGCAUUUUUAAAUGUAGUGGACAUUGCUGGCCUGGUCAAGGGAGCUCAUGCAGGGCAGGGACUCGGAAACGCCUUCCUCUCUCACAUUAGUGCGUGCGACAGCAUUUUCCACAUGACCCGUGCAUUUGAUGAUGAAGAUAUUAUCCAUGUGGAGGGUAAUGUGGACCCAGUGAGGGACAUAGAGAUCAUCCAUGAGGAGCUGAGACUGAAGGAUGAAGAGAUGAUUGAUCCCAUUGUUGACAAACUUGAGAAGACUGCUGUCAGGGGAGGUGACAAGAAAUUGAAACCUGAAUAUGAUAUCAUGAUUAAGAUAAAAAACUGGGUGGUCGAGGAGAAGAAACACAUCAGAUUUUACCAUGACUGGAAUGACAAAGAGAUUGAGGUACUGAACAAAUACCUGUUUUUGACAUCCAAGCCCAUGAUCUACCUGGUGAAUCUGUCAGAGAAAGACUACAUCAGAAAAAAGAACAAGUGGCUGGCAAAGAUCAAGGAGUGGGUAGAUGCCCAUGACCCGGGUGCGCUGGUUAUUCCCCUGAGUGGAGCUGUGGAGUUUAAACUGCAGGACAUGUCUGAGGAGGAGAGAUCUAAGUACUGUGAGGAGCAGAAAACACAGAGUUCGAUGACUAAAAUCAUAAAGGCAGGUUAUGCUGCACUACAGUUGGAGUACUUCUUUACAGCGGGACCUGAUGAGGUGCGAGCAUGGACCAUCAGAAAAGGCAGCAAGGCUCCCCAAGCUGCAGGAAAGAUCCAUACUGACUUCGAAAAAGGCUUCAUCAUGGCAGAGGUGAUGAAGUUUGCCGACUUCAAAGAAGAGGGCAAUGAGAAUGCAGUCAAGGCUGCUGGCAAAUACAGGCAACAGGGCAGGAAUUAUGUUGUGGAGGAUGGAGACAUUAUCUUUUUCAAAUUCAACACACCCAAUGCGCCAAAGAAGAAAUAGAGACCAGCCAAUUAAAACUGGGAUGUUGGAAUAGUCUAGUUCUGCUCCUGAGUGCUACAGUAUCAGCUGGUUUUCAUACUUUUUAAUUUAAGGGAUCAGUUCACUCCCUGGUUUUUCAUAAGUGUUUGCUUGCCCAGUCUCAGUGCUGGACCAGGGGUUUGGUUGAAAUAUUCAAGGAAUUGCAGAUGAGCGAUAUCAGAGGACACAUUCUAUUAGAGUUCAUGAUACAUUCCAACCUGUAAGAAUUUGUGCAUUUUAUUGAUGAGACAGAACCCAACUUUUUAAUGUAAAUAGACAGUGAAAACCAUCACAUAAUGUAACACCCAAGGAGAAGACUAUGCUAAGCACCGAGAUGGAAGGGAUGUUAGUUUUGUCAAAGCAAAGCAGGCAUAUGUGAGAGACCCUGAUCAGAAAGUUGAACACAAAAUUUUGGUUUACGUGCAGCUUUGACUGAUGGAGCUCGGGAGAUACACUUUCCUUCACCUUUGAACCUUAUCAUGUCACUUCUGUCAUGCCACAACUGUCAGUUGGAGGAUUUAUGGGCCUAAAAAAUCAUAUGGUAAAGACUACAUAGCUUGAAACGUUAUCUUUUCCUUUCUCCAUCUCUCCCCACUGCCUCCUUGGUUUGAUUGUCUCUUUAAAAGAGAGAACUUAGUGACCUUUGGAAGUACCAAACAUUUUGCCAAAUGGUGGAAAUAUAUGUAUAUAUAUUUCAAAGUUCAGCUUGUUAUGUACUACUUCAAACUUAGAACUUAAACUUUGAACUUAAAUGCAACAGUGUACGAGUAGGUUUCCCUUUUGAGAGUACAAGAGGAAAGCCUUUGGGGUGUUUCAGUGAGCCAGGAUCUAACAGUCAUACCUAUGGAAAUGCAUGUACUGCAACGUCACCAGUGUGUCCACAUUCAAUAAAACAGGAAACGGACCUUAAUGCUUUUUUUUCUUCAUUAUUUCCAAAUAUAUUAUUUUCUUGCUGUCAGUUUUCAGAAAAUAUACAUUAAGCCAAUGAAUAAAUCAU